AUGACUUUGUUUUGUUCGUUGGGGAUGUUCAUUAUUGACGAGAUCCAUUUCGCCAAUGGGACGAGUCUGUACGAUGUUCUUGGUGGGGGAGGCAUUUAUGCGUUAGUGGGGUCACGGCUGGUGCUCGGCAGUGAAAACAGCCAGCUGUGUGGGGGCGUGAUUGAUAUCGGUAACGACUGUCCCCCGGCCAUAUUGGACGAGCUGAAACGGUGGGGGACAGGGGCUGUGUUUCGGUACGACGAGUCUCGUCGGUGUACUAGGGGCUGGAACAAGUACGGCGACAACGAGUUCCGCGACUUUAAGUACACCACGCCCAAAAAACGCAUCCAGGUGGACGAUCUGGCGCAGUACGAGCAUCUGAUCAACACCAAGUCGUUCCAUUUGCUGUACUCGCCGUCUCGCGUGAUGGAUAUUCUUGGCCAGAUGGCGAAAUACCGGCCAGACCGGCCGUUGACGAUCUACGAGGCGAUUCCGGACCUGUGCACGCCAGAACACUUGCAAGACCUGAACGAGGCCCUGCGGUAUGUGGAUGUGUUUUCGCCGAACGCGGCCGAGGCUGCUGCGUUUUUUGGCGAGCAGGAGCCCACGGACCGCGUAGGGUGCGAAAGAGUGGCCCAGAAACACGCGGCCAAGGCUGUGGUGCUGCGUUGUGGAGCCAUGGGGUGUUUGUUGGUGGCCCCGGGCGUGCAGAAAUGGUUCCCAGCCUACCAUAGCGACCCCACAUUGCCCGACUACAAGCUGGUGGACCCAACAGGGUGCGGGAACACGUUUGUUGGAGCCCUGGCUACCAAACUCGCCCAGAGCGGGAAUUUAGAGCUCGCAUGCAUAGAAGCGACGGUGGCCAGCGGCUGGGGCAACAGUCAAGUGGUCACCGUGCAUGAUGACGUUUCCUCCCUCAAGAAUCUCGUUUCUGAUGGUUCCGGAAAGACCCAUGGAGGUGAUGCCUCUGGCAAGACACAAAGCGCCCAGGGCAGGACCAGCGGCCUCGGAUGGCGCAAAUGGCUCCUUGGUGGUCUUGUCCUUGACAAUCUCAAUAGAAAGGAAGUUUCCUGCUCCACGGAUGUCGCCAGCGUACUUGGCGUCCUUGAGCUUGAGCUUGAGCUGCUCCUUGAGGUAAGCACCGUUGACUCUGACGUUCUCGAUCAGGUUGUCUCUGUAGAUCUUCUUUUGGACGGCGAGACCGACUCUGCAGUUGAAGUCGUGCGAGUGAUCAAAACACCAGCAAGAGUCACGAAUCCAGAUCCAAUGGUCUUACCAACAGAACAGAGGUCUGGUCCUCCCUCGGAAAGACCGAACUCUGGCGACUUCGCCGUACUUGUGGCAGAUGGCUCUGCAGCCGUCCAAGUAGCCCUUGGUUGGGGUUGGGGUACCGAAAGUAGAACCACCAACGGUCUCGAUGAUCAUACCGGCAAUGGUGGUUGGGUCGUUGUCGAUGAAAGUCUGCUCCAACUCCUUAAGCAGCUCCUGGGUGUACUCCUCCUCGGAUUGGCCAGCCUUCUGGUUUCUGUAUGGGUAAACAGGAGAGACCUUUGGAGUCUUGGAAGCGUCGAUCAAAAUGUCGGAGAAAGCGUACUUUCUGGAUCCGUCUCCAAUAGACAAGGCACCAAUGGUGUAUCCGUGGUAGGAUUGGUUUCUAGAGACAAACUUAUGUCUCUUGUAGUCCUUCAACUCGUUGUGGUAUUGCUUCAUGAUCUUCAAAGCGUUCUCGUUGGCCUCACUUCCAGAACCAGUCCACAAAGCAGAAGCAAAGUCUCCAUCGGACUUUUCACACAAGAACUCUCCAAGCUCCUCAGCAGCGUAGUUUCCAAAGGAUCCACCGAAAGUGUAAACAGACUCCUUGGCGAAUUGGCCCAUCAGCUCAGUGAUCUCUGGGUCACAGUGGCCAAGAGAAGAAACAGCAGCUCCAGACAUGGCAUCAAGAACAACCUUCUGUUCCUUGGUCUUUGGGUCCUCCAAAACAAGGUACAUACCGUUGUUCUUGGUACCAACACACAAAAGACCCUUGUCGUCGAUCUUUCUUUGGAAAACGUAGGAAGUGUCUUUGCUCUCAACAGUCAUAUUACUCGAUAA